AUGACUGCACAGACAGACAGUGAUCUUCUGCGGAAGCUGCAACAGCUGGUCUCAGACAACCCGAUUGCAGUAACAGCCGCAGCUGUAGCCGGGAUUGCAGCCGCGUCAUUCAUGAUUUCAGCUGGCGGCUCCACGAAGCCUCUUCAGCUUCCCUUCGACUUGAAUGACCAGUCGGUGGUCAUCGAUGGACAGCCGGAGCAUCGGGCCUCGAGGUUCAGCAAGGGGCCGGACUACUACGACAGGGACCUGCCUGCCGCAGAGGUCAACACAGUCUAUGGGGCACUGCUGAGGGGCUUGCGGCAAUCUAAGAAUAACCCCUGCCUGGGAGCACGAACCGGCCCCAAGAAAGAAUUCGAGUGGAUGUCUUACCAGCAGGUCGUUGACAAGGUGUUACAGUUUGGCUCAGGACUAGUUCACCAAGGGGUUGCCCCUAGCAACGAAGUCAAGGUUGGCAUCUACGCGGCCAACCGGCCAGAGUGGACCAUUGCAGACUACGGCUGUCAGGCUUAUUCCAUGUGUCCAGUGCCACUCUACGACACGCUUGGACUGCAGGCCAUUAAGUACAUAAUUGACCAGUGUAAAAUCAGCACAGUCAUCUGUGACGCGGAAGCAAAAGUCAAGACUUUGAUCAGUUUAUGCCCGGAGCUGCCCAGCCUGAAGUUACUGGUGGUCGUCGACAAGGUGGCUCAAGCGCUCGAAGACGAGGCGAAGGGAGCAGGGUUAGAUCUGAUUCAGUUUGAGGAACUUCUGAAAAAUGGACAGAACAAUCUGCGAGAGCCCCUGCUUCCCAAACCGGACGAUAUAUUUUCCAUUUGCUAUACAAGUGGAACAACAGGAAACCCAAAAGGCGUCGUACUGACCCACUAUGCUUUUGUGUCUAUGGUACAAAGUAUUAUGCUCGGAGUUCAGACCAACUUUGUGCCAACCUGUGACGACGUGUACCUCUCUUACUUACCGCUGGCACACAACUUCGACAGAGCCGUCCAUGUGAUGAUGCUCUUAGCGGGAGGUCGAAUCGGAUACUUCAGUCGCGACAUCAAGCUGCUGACAGAUGACCUGGCCACACUCCGACCCACUCUCUUCGUCACAGUGCCUCGGCUACUCAACAGGAUAUAUGACGCUGUACACACGGAAGUGAAACAUUCCAUAAUUAAAUCUGCCAUUCUAAGAUGGGCACUAGCCAGCAAGCAGAAAGAUGUAAACAGACGUAUCUACAGAAGAGACAGCAUCUGGGACAAGAUCCUCUUCAACAAAAUCCAAAAUAAACUCGGUGGGCGUGUCCGUAUUGUGAUAACUGGUUCCGCCCCUCUUCUGCCGGAUGUCAUGAACUUCCUGAGAUGUUCCCUGGGCUGUGUGGUUCUAGAAGGCUAUGGCCAGACCGAGUCUGGUGCUGGAGCUUCCCUGACAAUACCUGGAGACCCCAGCCUAGGUCACGUGGGACCUCCGCUGCCCGGCUGCCACAUCAAGCUUGUUGACGUCCCGGACAUGAAUUACUACGCCAAGGACAACUUCGGCGAGAUUUGUAUCAAAUCAGAUUAUAUUAUGAAGGAAUAUUAUCUGGAACCCGAGAAGACAGCUGAGGCUCUAGAUAGUGAUGGCUGGUUACAUACCGGAGACAUCGGCACCUGGUUACAGAUGGGAACUCUGAAGAUAGUCGACAGGAAAAAGAACAUAUUUAAACUGGCACAGGGCGAGUACGUGGCCACCGAGAAGAUCGAGAAUGUCUACCAGAAUAGUCCGUUUGUUGGGCAGAUCUUUGUGGAUGGAGACAGUCUCAAGACUUGUCUGAUGGCAGUGGUUGUCCCUGACGUCCUGUAUCUGGAGAAGUGGGCUCCCAAGAACGGCUUCCCAUCAGACCUGGCUGACUUCUGUGGCCGCCAGGAUGCCAAGGGUAUUGUCCUCAAGGACAUGUUUGCGCAGGGAAAGAAGGCAGGACUGCAAUCCUUUGAACAGGUUAAAGACAUAUAUUUGGAGUCGAACCCAUUCACCGUAGACAAUGACCUUCUGACUCCGACCCUGAAGAACAAACGACCAGCCCUGAGGAACCUUUACAAGCAGAAGAUAGCACAACUCUACACUAGCAAUGGACUUUAG